AUGCCAAAAAGGAUUUGGGCAUCUGAGUCUCCUCAAACUUAUCCUUCUCACUGCACCACGAGAAAUCGGCCCAAAAGGCAUUCGCCAUUUUACGGACGAUACGCCGUACCUUCUCCCGUAUUACUCGCAUGGCCUUCCAAAUACUCUAUGGGGCCUACGUCAGACCGCUCCUGGAGUACGCCAAACAAGUUGUCUACUCAGGACGCACGAAAGACGUCAUCCUUCCUACCGCUCCUGGAGUACGCCAAACAAGUUGUCUACUCAGGACGCACGAAAGACGUCACCCUCAUUGAGCGUGUCUAG